ACACCUCUCUUAACCCCCUCUCUCUCUCUCUCUCUAAAAAAAACACCUCUCUUGGUUUGAUUUUGGCGUACAAGAUUGUUCCUUUGCGUACUUCGUAUUGAUUUUCCUACAUGGCAAGUCCUAUGUUGCUGUUGGCAUAUGCUUUGGUUCUUUUGGCUUAUUUUUCAGUGACCUCUGCCGAAAUCGUGGAACAUUCUUUUCAUGUGCAAAAUUUAACUCUCAGCCGGUUGUGCAAGCAGCAAGUUGUCACUGCCGUGAAUGGAAGUCUUCCCGGCCCAGCUAUACAAGUUCACGAGGGUGACACAUUGAUCAUUCAUGUAUUCAAUAAAUCUCCCUACAACCUUACAAUUCAUUGGCACGGAAUUUUUCAGUUACACAGUGCAUGGGCAGAUGGGCCUGAAUAUGUAACCCAAUGUCCAAUACUCCCUGGAAAUAAAUACACAUACAAAUUCACCAUCACAGGUCAAGAAGGGACCCUUUGGUGGCAUGCCCAUUCCCAAUGGCUUCGGGCAACCGUACAUGGGGCACUGAUCAUCCGACCAAGAAAGAGUUACUCGUACCCGUUUCCAAAACCCUUCGAAGAAUUCCCAAUUCUUUUGGGAGAAUGGUGGAAUGCUAAUAUUAUUGACGUCGAGAACCAAGCACUAGCCGAUGGGCAUGGGCCUAACAUUUCCGAUGCUUUCACCAUCAACGGUUGGCCGGGUGAUCUAUAUAAUUGCUCAUCAACUGGCACGUACAAGCUGAAGGUUGUACAAGGAGAAACGUAUCUCUUGCGUAUCAUUAACGUUGCGCUCAACAACGAGAUCUUUUUUAAGAUAGCGAACCACACAAUGACGGUCGUCGCCGUCGAUGCUUGUUACACCAAUCCAAUGGUCACCGACGUCAUUGUCAUAACUCCAGGCCAAACCAUCGAUGUACUACUCACCGCCGACCAACCACCAGCCUCCUAUUACAUGGCAGCACAUGCCUACGACAGCUUGGGAGCCGAUUUCGACAAAACAACCACCAGAGGCAUCAUCACGUAUGGAAAUGCCGCAUCGUCAACUGCUCCGAUGCCAACCCUACCUGCCUUCAACGAUACUCCUUUGGCGUUCAAAUUAUAUUCCAGCCUGACGAGUCUCGUGAAUGGGCCUCACUGGGCGCCAGUCCCGCUCAAAGUCGACAAUUACAUGUUUGUGACGGAAGGCUUGAGCGUCGUCCCUUGCGAAGCGAACAAUACUUGUGGGGCGCCUUUUGGGCUAGCGUUUGCUGCGAGCCUGAACAACGAAUCUUUCGAGCUCCCUACCAAGUUAUCAAUGCUGGAAGCGUUUUACUACAAUCUGACAGCUGGGAUCUACACCGCCGAUUUUCCAAGUUAUCCACCGGUGGCAUUUGACUACACGAGUCUAAGCAACAAAUUGAAUGUGACGCUGAUGAUGACGUCGAGGUCGACAAGGGUCACGAAAUUGAAGUUCAAUUCUACGGUUCAAAUUGUGUUUCAGAACACGGCAUUGUUGGGUCAACAGAGCCACCCGAUACAUUUGCACGGGUUUAACUUUUAUGUUUUGGCCCAAGGGUUUGGCAAUUACGACCCUAUAACUGGGUCAAAAAUGUUCAAUCUCAUCAAUCCACAAAUACGUAAUACCGUCGGAGUGCCAGUUGGAGGAUGGACCGUCAUUAGAUUCACGGCAAAUAAUCCUGGUGUAUGGUUGAUGCAUUGUCACUUUGAUUCGCAUUUGACGUGGGGCCUAGCGACUGCUUUUGUUGUUGAGGACGGGCCCACUCCAUCUACUUCUUUGCCUCCUCCUCCACCAGAUCUACCCAUUUGUUCGUUUUAUGCCAAGCAAAGAAGAUUUUUUAUUAAGGGCGGCGGUAACGCCGAAACUGUUUUUAUUAAUGUCAAAACUUUAGUGCAUAAAAAGAUUGCAUUUGUGUGGUCUGGAUCUUGGCCUGGUUUUCUUCUACCAUGUUUUAUUGUAUUUGUCUGGCUUUCUUAUACCAUGUGCAAGGUACGGUACUCUUCUGGGCUAAAGUUGUGACAUUAAUAAAAGGAAUAUUCUGUAUUAUCAUUUUCCUCUUAUUAAUCAAUAAAAACAAACUUUCAUUGA